CAUGGGGAGGAGGAGGGCUGGGCCGGCGGCGCGAACGUGGGCCCGAAUGGGGGGGCGGGCUUUGGCUUCGGCAGCGGCGGCGGCGGCGGCGCUAGGGGGGCGGCGCUGGCGGCCCUGCAGCGCUCCCGGUCGCAGCGCGUGGCCGGGCAGGGCGGCGCGGCGUGA